AUGAAGAAUGAUUUUUCAACUAGUUUGAGUAAAGAUAAAGAUGAUUAGUUAAUUAAAGAGUUUAAAUAGAGAGGGAAAAUUAAAUUUCAUAUUUCAUAUUAAGGAGUCAUAUAAAAAUUAGAAACAAUGAAUGAAUAACACUCUUGA